AAAACUUAUUGGAAUCUUAAGUUCUAAACUCCUUAACUUGUUCAACCUGUAUUAUAAAGAUGUCUUCUUAGCUACUCAAAGAAAUAUUGCAGACACUUUUCAUUUGCUUAACACCUCAAUUUCGAAAGAUACUUGGAGAAAUUUUAUGAAUAUAUACAAAUUAAAUAUGACAUUCAUGAUAUGUUUUUAUUUGUUAUGUCACCUCACCUAUGAUAUUGUUAUAUAGAUCACAGUAUUUCAUAAAACUUCUCUUGGAUCAAUUGUUACAUAUUACUUUUCUUUUACAACAACAUUUCUUUUUGUUCUUCCUGAAAGAUGCGCUGUCUCUUUCUGUAUUCAACAUUGUAUUUAUAUAUAUCCUGAAUCAUGGCAUGGUACUGCAGUGGUGCUACAAACCAAGAAAUGGUAACUAAAUUAAAAGAAGCAGGUAUUUUAACAACGGACAGAGCAGAAGCAGCAAUGCUUGCUGUAGAUAGAGCACGCUAUUAUCAUGAAUCAAAUCCAUAUCUUGAUCAACCAAGGAAAAUUGGUUACAAUGUUACAAUUAGUGCUCCCCACAUGCAUGCAUAUGCCUUGUCCAUUCUCUCCGACCAAUUAUUUGAUGGAGCAAAAGCAUUGGAUGUUGGUUCAGGAUCUGGUUACUUGUCAGCAUGUAUGGCAUUUAUGGUGGGUCCACGUGGUCAUGUGGUUGGGAUCGAUCAUAUUCCAGAGCUAAUAGAAAUCUCUACGAAAAACGUAAGCGAAGAUUGUCCUCAUUUCAUCAAGGAAGAACGCAUUAAAUUUGUAGUGGGAGACGGCCGAUUGGGAUAUGCCGCUGAAGCCCCUUACAACGCGAUUCAUGUUGGAGCGGCAGCGGAAACUUUACCACAACAGUUGAUAGAUCAACUAACUCCUGGUGGACGGCUAGUUUGUCCGGUCGUUGCCAUAGAAGGUCUUCAGAGGUUUCAAGAUCUGGUACAAGUAGAUAAGAACAUUGAUGGUACGAUUACAAAAAAGAAGCUAAUGCAAGUCUCCUAUAUUCCUCUUACCGAUCCUGCUACUCAAUUAUCAAACGAUUAUUAAUACAAUAUAUUCAAACACUUAGAAGUUAUAUAAGCAACUUUCAGUGUCGAAACACAAGAUUAUCAUUGGCUAAGAUGAUGAUUAUAUCGUGAUAACAAUGAUUCUCUCAAUGAAUGUUAACUUGAACGAAUAUAUUUCUUUUUUUCCUCUCGCGUUACUUAAUAUUCUUGAGAUAAAGGUUUUUUUUACUGACACAUGCAACGAUAAAAUAUAUUUUCCAUGUAUGAACUAGCUCAACGGAGUGUUCGCUUAACGAUGUACCACUAAUAUUGUUAUAAUAACUAAGCACAUGAUUAAUGAUAUACAUUUAAGUAAAAUUGAUGAAAUUCGUUUGAA